AUGGAUAUUAAUUAGAAGAGAAAAUUAAAAGUCAAAACCAUUUCUCAAUAAGUGUUUGAGCUUGAAGUGCCACAAGAAAUUUCGAUCGCAGACUUAAAAAAAGAAAUUUUUACUAAAUCUUAAGUUCCAAUAGAUAGACAAAGAUUGAUCUUUUUGGGAAAGGCUCUUCUAGAUAAUCAAAAAUUAAAUGAAAUAAUUAAGGAGGAUGAUCAAACAAUUCAUUUGAUGGCCAUUACUAAUCCCCAAUAACCUCAACAAUAACCAAAUUAAAAUUAAACUUAAUAGUAAUAAUAGAGGAUGUAAUUUAUGCCUGGCAUACAAACAACUACAUAAAUACAUAUUGGAGCAGGAGAUGGUUAGCCCUUUAUGCCCCCAGAUUUAGCUAAUAUUCUACAAAUGUUUGGUCCACAAAUGACAAGGUCUUCAUAAUAAUAAUAAUAAUAAUAAGCUCAACCAACUCAACAAACAUAAUAAUAAUAAUCAUAAUCAUCAUAAUAAUAAUAAUCUUAAUAAUAACAAUAACAAACUUAGCCAAAUUAGCCUGACCCUAGACAAUAACCAUAAACGGCACAAUAAUAAAGUUAACCAUAAUUUUAAUAAGUGACUCUUUUACCAAAUAACUAAUCUGCGGUUGGAAUACAUCUUCCUUAAGAAUAAAUUUAAUAAUUGAAUAACUUUUUAGGUAAUUUUUAUCAGUCAUAAUUCCUUGGAUUACAAUUCUAAUUACCAUAGAUGACUGAACAUAGAAACAAUGUUACUGUUUUAGGUCAUUAUCUUCAUUAAUUAUGUUUUCUUAUUUAGAGAACUCUACCAAUAUUGCAAAGAGUAUCAGACCUGUUAAUGAGGGAACCCUUUUUGACUUCUGAAAAUGAAAGAAGAGAAACAAUGUAAUUAACUAGAGACUCCUCAACUAUCAUGCAGGCAAUGAAUAAAAUGACUGGAGAUUUGUUUUCUGCUCUACUUAGAUAUAUAGAUCUUGGAAAUGCUCCAGGCUAAUUUUCACUAUAAGUCCCUUCAUAAUUAUUAUAAAAUCCUCACCAUAAUCAUGGAAUUAUCAAUAUAUAACAUUCCCAUAUAACUAGAAAUCCAUAAUAACAAUAAACUUAAUAAUAAUAAAAUCAAUAGUAAUAAUAAUAAUAAUAACAAUAAUAAUAAUAAUAAUAAUAAUAACAACCAUAAUAACCAUAAUAAUAAACUUAAUAAAACUUAUUAAGCUCUUUAGGACAACUAUUAAAUUAAUUUUCACAAAAUCCAAACAUAUAAUAAAAUAAUUCACAAUAGAUAUAAGUAGAAUAACAGGGAGAUUAAAUUAUUAUUGAUGCCUAAGUUUUGGAAAUUGAUGCGGGGAGUGAAUUAGAAUCAAAUUAAGAAGGAGAUCAAUAAUAAAAUAACAAUCCUUUAAAUGCUAUCAAUAAUUUAGUCAACAAUUUGAUAAAUUUAGAAUAAUAAUAAUAUUAACCCCAAUAGUAAUUCUAAUCUCCAUAACAAUAAUAAUAGCCAUAAGCAAACGAAUAAUAACAUUAAUAGUCACAGAAUAAUUAACCCAAUCCUCAAUAAGCCUAAUCAAUGAUGUCAGGUUUACUUGGAAAUCUUGGCUUUGGAGGUUAAUAAGGAGGCGCUAAUUUCUUUACAAUGACUUUAUAGGAACUCAUGAUGCAAAAUUAUGCAAAUAAAAUGGAAGAUGGUGAGAUAGAAAUUUUAUAAAUAUUUUCUUAAGUCAAAGUAGGAGACGUAAUGGCUGCUUAGGUCUCAGGCAAUUAUUCAUUCUUAGAUGGAUUGCAAGGAAACAUCAAGGAGAAUCUACAUAAUUUAAUUGGAAAAUUUGAAGGAAAAAUUGAAUUAAUCGAAAAACUUGCAAAUUCAUUUUUAUCUACAGUAGUUCCUAAAGGAAAUCAACAACAUUUAGUAAUUGAAGGAUUCGAACCAAGAAUAACAGCUUCUGAAGCUCUUGUUAAGCACAUAAAAUAAUUUUUUAUGAUUAUUGAAAAAGACUAUACAAAUAGUGUUGAAAAAUUUAGUGAUGCUAUGAAACUACAUAUGAAGUAUCAGAAGGAUUGGUUCAUGGUCUUGAUGAUUACAAAUUGGUUAUUUACAAACGUCGAAGAAUUAUUAAGAAAAUCUAUUGGUCCAGAAAUUGCUGUUAUGUUUGGUAGUAUGUUGGUUAUGAUGCUUUGGAGUGUGAUUGAAAGAUCAUACAAUUAAUAUAAAAAAUCUCUUGAAUAAUAAUAAACAAUAAUAUAAUAGGAAGAAGUAUUAACAGAGGAAUAAUUAUUGAAAGAGAUCACUGAGGCCAGUUAAGCAUGUAAACAGAAUAUUGAAAUUAAUUUUUCUAACGAAUAUAAAAAAGGAGAUCCAGAAUAUAAAGAUUUCGAUUGA